AUGGGGCCGUUUCCUGGAUUCAGGUGCAAGGCAAUGCCCCCACAACCCAAUAGAUCUAACGGACCAAUUAUUGAAGAGUUGAACUCUGAUGAUGAAAAUGAAGGAAACGAAAGUGAAAAGAACAAGAAUAAUAAUCCAAGAAAGCAUGAGAGGUCUAGCAAUGAGCCUUUCGUUGAGGAUCCUGAUGAUGAAGCUUCUGAGAAAAAAAGUAAGCAAAUGGCUUCCAGAAAUGAUUUUAACCAGAUGCAAAAUGUAAGGCUGCGGCCCCAAACAAGCACCUUCACUUUCCAAAGCUCCUCUGUUACUUAUGGUGGUGCAAAUGGUGCAUAUCACUCUUCAUCUAGAACAAGGAGGACGGAAUCUUCCUUGUUUCUAUUUAUGGGUAAAGCUAGACUUGCACAUGGGAUAUUGUAUAAAGCAAAGCGGAAAGUGUGUGUUAAGAUGAAAUUGUUGUUGUAA